AUGGUUAUUUCAUUUGCUGGUUGGGAUGUACCAUUGAAAACAAGCAAGCGGAACCUCUCAAAUGCGAUCAAAAAGAAUAACACAGCUCGGAAUUCUGGGUUUGCUUUAUUAUGGGGGACGUGCUUGCGGACUUCCUUACGCGAUUGGCACCCUGGUGCUAGCAAUCUAGUUCCUUUAGCACCUAUGGGUGGAAAGCAGAUUGGUGGAUGGGAGUUGGUUGGGAAAAUGUUAAGGUAUGUCUGGCCGAAAGGGAAUUGGCAUUUAAAGAGACGUGUCCUUGUUGCUAUGGCACUUCUUGUUGGAGCUAAGUUGCUGAAUGUAGUCGUACCUUUUCUGUUGAAAGAUGUUAUUAAUUAUUACAAUGGGAAAGCCCCCGAUUUUUUAAAACUAUCACUGGAUUCUCCGGCACAAACUAUUGUGUCCCUUGGAUUUUUACUUAUUAUUGCCUAUGGUGCCACUCGAGCUGGUGCAGCUGGCUUCAAUGAAUUGCGAAAUGCAGUUUUUGCUAAAGUCGCUCAGAACAGUGUUCGCAGUAUUGCUAGGAACAUUUUCCUUCACUUACAUUCGCUUGACCUUUCAUAUCAUCUAAGCAGACAGACUGGAGGACUGUCUAAGGCUAUUGACAGGGGCACGAGGGGUAUGGCUUUCGUUUUAAAUGCCCUCGUAUUCAACGUAGUUCCUACAAUUUUAGAAGUUUCGAUGGUUACUGGAAUAUUUUAUUAUAAAUGUGGGACCGACUUUGCUUUGGCUACUUUGGGUUGUUUAUCAACGUACACCAUUGCAACAUUGGGAAUAACUAGAUGGAGGACACGAUUCAGACACCAGAUGAACCAGGCAGACAAUGAUGCUGGUAACAAAGCGAUGGAUUCUCUCAUUAAUUAUGAAACAGUGAAAUAUUUUAAUAAUGAAAAAUUUGAAGCUGAUCGUUAUGAUUUCUAUUUGAAAAAAUACGAGGUUGCUGCUCUGAAGACUAGUACUUCUCUGGCACUUCUGAAUUUUGUUCAGAACGCGAUCUUCAGUUCUGGACUUAUUGCCAUUAUGUGUCUUGCUGCAGUCAAUAUUCAGAACGGCACAAUGAAUGUUGGCGAUUUGGUUUUGGCAAAUACGCUACUGUUCCAACUUUCAGUACCUCUUAAUUUCUUGGGGUCGGUGUACAGAGAGAUCCGGCAGGGAUUAGUUGAUAUGCAAAUGAUGUUUUCCUUGUUGUAUUUGAAAAGCAGCAUUGUAGAGAAACCGAACGCACCUCCUUUGAGAAUCACAAGAGAGACUGCCAGUAUAUCUAUUAAGAAUGUCACCUUUGGAUAUUUGCCUGGGCAGCCUAUAUUAAAAGGAGUGACGUUUGAAGUGCCAGCUGGCAAAAAGGUGGCAAUUGUUGGUGGAAGUGGCAGUGGAAAAUCAACAAUUGUUCGCUUGUUAUAUAGGUUAUUUGAUGUCGGAAGUGGUGAUAUACUAAUCAAUGGUCAGAAAAUUACUGAUGUCGAUUUAGAAAGCCUCCGAAGAGCAAUUGCUGUAGUCCCUCAGGUUUUUUCUUAA